CGAACACAAUCAAUCCAUCAAUCAGUCGGUCUAUUUCCCGCCUUCGUCCUGCUGGCCAUGACAACACUCGUCGUGGAACAAUCCAUACACACCACUGCACUACUCUAGACGGACAGCGGGGCGCAACGAAGGAGCAGGACCCAGACAACGACGCCCUGGAAGAUGAAGUCGUGAGAGGCUGAGAACUCGCCAUUGCCACAAUAUCCAUACCGCCACCAGCUACUACUUGCCCAACAACAACUCCCAUUCAGGCUCCCAAAGCACCAUGGGCUCAGCAGACAGACCAGGCCCGACUCCCCAGGCGACACUGGAGCAUUUCCAGGCGAUACCAUGGUGCAGACCGCACCUGACAGACCAGGCAUUUCGGCGGGUGAACAUGUCUCGCACGCUGACGCAGCCGGGCCACGGCCACUCGCUGAUGGCCGCGACGUGGAACACGGACACGACCAUCACGCACCUGCUCUCGAUGUACCGGCCUCCUGCGCGACCAGACGCUGCACAACCAGACCAGGCGGGCGAAGUGCGGCGCUUCUACACGUUCGGGUCGGGCAUGAACGCGCACCCGGACACGCUGCACGGCGGCGUCAUCGCCACCGUGCUGGACAGCACCAUGGGCAACGUCAUCGGGCAGCAACUGCCCACCCGCGCGCCGACCUUCACGGUCGCCCUGAACGUGUCGUACAGGAAGCCCGUCGCCACGCCGGGCACCAUCAUGGCCAGGGCGUGGAUCACAAAGGUCGACGGGCGGAAGAUCUGGGUGCACGGCGUCGUCGAGGAUGGGCGGGGCAAUCUUCACGCAGAGGCUGAUGGGAUGUGGCUUCGGGCCAAGGCGAAGCUAUAGGCAUAGACGCGCAUGAUGGGGAAAGGGGGGGACGAAUAUGGUAGAGGUUGCGUAUCAGAGUUUGCUCUUCUAUAG